GCCGCAGCAGCUCAACUUCACAAGAAAUUUCCUUGCAUAUCUUGAAUUGAAGAAAAGGCGGUAAACAUAUCCUGAACCAUCAAAUGACAGGCUGGCAGAUUUUGGCUUUUCUCAGCGGCCUGGCCGGGCUUGGCGCCACCAUCGGUGCCACCGCGUCCAAUGAGUGGAGGGCCACAAGCCGGGCAUCCUCAGUCAUCACUGCCACCUGGGUGCUGCAGGGUCUGUGGAACAACUGUGCUGGGAAUGCCAUUGGAGCGCUGCACUGCAGACCCCAUCAUACCAUGUUUCAGCUGGAAGGUUACAUCCAGGCCUGCAGAGGGYUGAUGAUUGCGGCCAUCUGUUUGGGUUUUUUCGGCUCUGUGUUCGCCCUCGUGGGGAUGAAAUGUACGAAAAUUGGAGGAAGUGACCAAAACAAAUCUAAGAUAGCCUGCUUUGCCGGCAUAGAUUUCAUUCUCAGCGGUCUUUGUUCACUUUCUGCUUGUUCCCUUUAUGCUCACCGGAUAACCUCUGAGUUCUUUGACCCCAUGUUUGUGGCUCAAAAGUAUGAGCUCGGAGCUGCUCUCUUCAUUGGCUGGGCCGGUUCCAUUCUCUGCAUCCUGGGAGGAAGUAUCUUCUGCCUCUCAAUAACAGGCUCUUUUCCCAAAAGGCACAGAGGUGGUGUCUCGCACUCACAUAUUUCCUCCUACACCAGAGGGCAGGUGAAGUCUGUGAAUGAGAGGCUGCCUGCAGAAAACAGCAGCUCCUCUAAGAUUCAGCACUUUAAUAAGAAUGCCUAUGUGUGAUUGUUCAAUGAUUAUUAAAGGUUGGGCACCAAAUAUGGAAAUGCAGCAGCUUUAAAAGUUUCUGCCUUCUAGAAUUCAAUAGUAUUGAUUUAUAUUGUUGCUCACUGAUAGUUAGGUUUAAAGCACUUACGUGUUUCUUUUAGGGCUAUGGAUUAAAAGUUUUCUGAUGCAGUUUAUUCAAUGAAUUGAAGAGAUUAUAUUCUUUUGUACUCUGCAUCAUACAGUUGCAGUCAAAUGUUUACAUAAAAGCACAUGGGCAUGGAUGUUAUCUUAAUUUUGGGUGUUAAAUAAUUGAUUUGAAUCAUUCUU